GGGAGAGCGGAUACAGCGAAUGCAGGGUCCGGGGAGAGCGGAUACAGCGAAUGCAGGGUCCGGGGAGAGCGGAUACAGCGAAUGCAGGGUCCGGGGAGAGCGGAUACAGCGAAUGCAGGGUCCGGGGAGAGCGGAUACAGCGAAUGCAGGGUCCGGGGAGAGCGGAUACAGCGAAUGCGGGGUCCGGGGAGAGCGGAUACAGCGAAUGCGGGGUCCGGGGAGAGCGGAUACAGCGAAUGCAGGGUCCGGGGAGAGCGGAUACAGCGAAUGCAGGGUCCGGGGAGAGCGGAUACAGCGAAUGCAGGGUCCGGGGAGAGCGGAUACAGCGAAUGCAGGGUCCGGGAAGAGCAGAUAUAGUGAAUGCAGGGUCCAGGGAGACCAGAUAUAGUGAACGCAGGGUCCGGGAAGACCAGAUAUAGUGAACGCAGGGUCCGGGAAGACCAGAUAUAGUGAACGCAGGGUCCGGGAAGACCAGAUAUAGUGAACGCAGGGUCCGGGAAGACCAGAUAUAGUGAACGCAGGGUCCGGGAAGACCAGAUAUAGUGAACGCAGGGUCCGGGAAGACCAGAUAUAGUGAACGCAGGGUCCGGGAAGACCGGAUAUAGUGAACGCAGGGUCGGGAAGACCAGAUAUAGUGAAUGCAGGGUCUGGGGUUUAGUAACACUUUAAAGAGAAUGCAAUAGAAGUGGAAACC